AUGCCUGUAGACUGGCGGUCCGAAUACCUCGCGAACCUGCACGAGGCCGAGCUCCGCAGCCCGGUCAACAAGGACCUGGUUGCGACCUGCUCCCAGCUCGCGGACCGCAUAGCCUCGCUCGAGGCCGAGAAGGCGGUGCUGCUUCAACGCGGGCCCGACCCGUCUCCCUCUGGCAGGAGCGCGACGCCAUCAGCCACACCGGACUCCGGUGAUCCGGGCAUCACGGCGCAGCUACGCCUCGAGCUCGCAGAGGCCCUGCGCUCCAAGGGCCAGCUGGCAGCCAAGUUCAAGAGCGCGGACGCCGAGCUGCAGAAGCUGCGAGCCAAAGGCAAGGUGGACGACAAGCGGAUACGCGACCUCACCGGCGAGCGGAACACGGUGACGGCCAAGCUGCGCGACCGAAGCGAGGAGCUGGUCGGAAAGAACCGACUGCUCAAGGACGUGCAGGACGACAACUUGACGCUCAACAUACAGCUUGACGUUCGGGAAAAUGACCUCAAGAAGUUGAAGGCCGAGAACAAGGAACUCGUUGACCGCUGGAUGAAGAAGAUGGAGAAGGAAGCUGAAGCCAUGAACCUCGCCAACGAGCCACAGUCAAAUGGAAGAAAAAGGUAA